AUGCCAAGAGUAGCGUUGGAUCUAGAGCAAAAAGCUGACCUGACCGUCAUCAAGUCGGACGGUUGGCGCAUCGCCCAGGGGCUGGAACCAGGCGAACCCAAUCAGGGCCUGGUCGCUGAGAUGCUGGGAAGCAAUGCCCGCCUGCCCGACUAUGAUGAUUCGUCGUGGGAGAGCAGCGCGGAUUUCCAGAAACGGUACUCAGUGGGAUUCACCUUCGCUUGGUAUCGCUUGCGAUUCACCAUGCCGGAUACAGUGAAAGGACAGGACGUAACCCAAUGCCGGGUGUGGUUCGAGACUAACGUGGACAACUACGGCGAGGUGUUCAUCGACGGCCAGAUCGACCGUAACAUCGGCGCGGUAACCGGCAACAACACGCCCAAACGGGUAUUGGUAGAAGAGCCAGGUCAACCGGGCCAGGAGCAUGUUAUCGCGGUGCUGGUCGCCAACGCCCCGCUGGGCGAACCGGUGGGCGCCAUCUUCAUGCGCCACGCCACGCUGGCUUUUGAAUCACAGCCACCGCGCUAA